UUUAAUACAGCCCAGCAUCUGGUUUGCCUUUGAGGGCCGUGGGGGAGCGACCAGCACGACACAAUGGGGAGAGAGAGCGCAGGUUAGAAGGAGGGGAGAGCUCAGAGCAGUGGGAGAUUAGAGGUUUUCACAUGUUGGUCCCCAAUAAGGUCUGACCUGGAGCCAUGGUCAUUCUGCGGCAGGGAGAUUAUGUCUGGUUGGAUCUCAAGACCGGCCGGGAGUUUGAUGUUCCCAUCGGAGCUGUGGUCAAACUGUGUGACUCCGGGCAAAUCCAGGUGCUGGACGAUGAGGGGAAUGAACACUGGAUCUCCCCCCAGAAUGCCUGUAACAUUAAGCCAAUGCAUCCGACCUCCAUACACGGAGUGGAGGACAUGAUCCGACUCGGAGACCUCAACGAAGCUGGGAUAUUGCGCAAUCUCCUCAUCCGGUACCGGGACCACCUUAUCUAUACAAACUGUGGAGGAAGGACGUACACUGGCUCCAUUCUGGUUGCGGUGAAUCCAUACCAGCUCUUGCCCAUCUACACGGCGGAGCAGAUCCGCUAUUACACCAACAGGAAGAUUGGGGAAAUGCCCCCACACAUCUUCGCCAUCGCCGACAACUGUUACUCCAACAUGCAACGCAAUAGCAAGGACCAGUGCUGUAUCAUAAGUGGGGAGUCUGGGGCUGGGAAGACUGAGAGCACGAAGCUGAUUCUCCAGUUCCUGGCAGCCAUCAGUGGCCAACACUCGUGGAUUGAGCAGCAGGUGCUGGAAGCCAACCCCAUUCUGGAAGCAUUUGGAAACGCUAAGACAAUUCGCAAUGAUAACUCCAGUCGCUUCGGCAAAUACAUUGACAUCCACUUCAACAAGCGAGGAGCCAUCGAGGGGGCAAAGAUCGAGCAGUAUCUGCUGGAGAAAUCCCGUGUCUGCCGGCAGGCUGAAUCUGAGAGGAACUAUCACAUAUUUUACUGUAUGCUGAAGGGAAUGACCUCCGAACAGAAGCGGAGGCUUGGCUUGGGGAAGGCCACGGAUUACAACUAUCUGACCAUGGGGAGCUGUACCACGUGUGACGGACGAGACGAUAAUAAAGAAUAUGCCAACAUCCGCUCAGCCAUGAAGGUCCUGAUGUUUACUGACACCGAGAACUGGGAGAUCUGCAAACUCAUGGCCUCCAUUCUACACAUGGGCAACUUGACGUAUGAACCUCGUGUGUAUGAUAACCUGGACUCAUGUGAAGUGGUUUACUCCCCACAGCUGACCACAGCCGCGUCACUCCUGGAGGUUGAUGCUCAGGAUCUACAGAACUGCCUGACCAGCCGGACAAUCAUCACCCGCGGCGAGACAGUCUCCACCCCACUCAACAUGGACCAGGCGCUCGAUGUUCGAGAUGCUUUUGUGAAGGGCAUUUAUGGCCGGCUGUUUGUGUGGAUUGUGGAGAAGAUUAACGCAGCCAUUUACAAGCCGCCCUCCAAUGAGCCCAAGGCCCUUCGCAGGUCCAUUGGCUUGCUGGACAUCUUUGGAUUUGAGAACUUCCAUGUGAACAGCUUCGAGCAGCUUUGCAUCAACUUUGCCAACGAGAACCUGCAGCAGUUUUUUGUGCGUCACGUGUUCAAGCUGGAGCAGGAGGAGUACAACCUGGAGAACAUCAACUGGCAGCACAUCGAGUUCACAGACAAUCAGGAGGCCCUGGACAUGAUCGCACUCAAACCCAUGAACAUUGUCUCUCUCAUCGACGAAGAGAGCAAGUUCCCCAAGGGCACUGAUGUCACGAUGCUGAACAAGUUGAAUUCUCAGCACAAACUGAAUUCCAAUUACAUCCCACCCAAGAACAGCUACGAAACCCAGUUUGGAAUUGGCCAUUUUGCUGGGAUAGUCUACUACGAAACAAAAGGUUUCCUGGAGAAGAACCGGGACACUCUCCAUGGAGACAUCAUUCAGUUGGUGCACUCCUCCAAAAACAAGUUCAUCAAACAAAUCUUUCAGGCCGACGUAGCCAUGGGAGCAGAGACGAGGAAGCGCUCUCCCACCCUGAGCAGCCAGUUUAAGCGGUCGCUGGACUUACUGAUGAGAACCCUGAGUGUCUGUCAGCCAUUCUUCGUUCGCUGCAUCAAACCUAACGAGUAUAAGAAGUCAAUGCUAUUUGAUCGGGAGCUGUGUGUGCGACAACUGAGAUACUCUGGGAUGAUGGAGACAAUUCGUAUCCGACGGGCAGGUUAUCCCAUCCGCUACACCUUUGUGGAGUUUGUGGAUCGCUACAGGGUCCUGAUGCCUGGGGUGAAGCCGGCCUACAAACAGGAGGACCUACGUGGAACAUGCCAGCGCAUAGCGGACGCGGUCUUGGGUCGGGCCGGUGAUUGGCAGAUCGGAAAGACAAAAAUCUUCCUCAAGGACCACCACGACAUGUUGCUGGAGAUCGAGCGGGACAAGGCCAUCACUGACAAGGUCAUCCUCAUUCAGAAAGUGGUCAGAGGCUUUAAGGACAGGUCAACGUUUAUUAAACUGAGACGUUCAGUGAUGUUGAUCCAGAAACACUGGCGAGGCUAUUACUGUCGCAGGAACUUCAUGGCUAUGAGGACGGGGUUUAGCCGGUUGCAGGCCGUUUACCAACUAUUCUCUCUCCUAUCUCUCAUCUCUCUCUCUCUCUCUCCUCAGGAGCUGCCCAAAUACCUGCGAGGUUACCACAAGUGCUCGCGGGAUGAGGUGCUGCAGUUGGCCGCACUCAUCUACAGAGUCAAGUUUGAGGAUGACAAGUCCCACUUCCCCAGCAUUCCCAAAAUCCUGAAGGAGCUGGUGCCCCAGGAUCUCAUCCGGCAGCUGUCCCCAGACGACUGGAAACGGUCUGUGGUGGCCUAUUAUAACAAACAGGCGGGGAAGUCGCGGGAGGAAGCCAAGCUCACCUUCCUGAAGAUCAUCUACAAGUGGCCCACGUUCGGAUCCGCUUUCUUUGAGGUGAAGCAAACCACAGAGCCAAACUACCCCGAGAUCCUUCUAAUCGUCAUCAACAAACACGGCGUCAGUCUGAUUGACCCAAAGACAAAGGAUAUUCUCACUACUCACCCGUUCACCAAGAUUUCCAACUGGAGCAGCGGCAACACCUAUUUCCACAUCACCAUCGGGAACCUAGUGAGAGGCAGCAAACUCCUGUGUGAAACCUCACUGGGAUACAAAAUGGAUGACCUGUUGACCUCCUACAUCAGCCAGAUGUUGACGUCGAUGAGUAAGCAGAGGACAGCCAAGGCCACCAAGUGAAGGUCCUCCGCGGACUGGCUCAGGGCCUUCCACCUCCUCCACCUCCUGCGGCCCGUGGGCAACCCCUGCGCCUGGAACGCCACCUUCUCCGCCCAGGCCUGGGCAGGCCCGCCGAGCCUUCCGGAACCUUCCCCCGGCAGAGGCAGCAGCAGCAGCAGCUCCACCUCCAGCCAAGACGACUAUUUGUGACAUGGCUUUGGGGAGGAAGUGGGUCUCUGUGAGUGUGUGUUUGUUUGUGUGUAAAGAGGGAGAGAGAGAAAAUCUCCCAACGCUCUCCCCAUCUCCUUCCCAAGAUACCCGGCCACUAACACUGGCUCCUCGGUACAGAGACUCCUCUCACUCUCUUCCCUCCC